UUUGCGCCUGCCAGAAAACGUUUGGCGUUGUACUGAGCGAGAUUCACCGAGGAAAGUCUCUUGUCUGUAUUUUUUUUGCUUUGCUUUCUUCUCGAUGUCGCGAAGAAUAUGAUGGUGACUGUCUCGAAAGUGAUCACAUCUGUCAUUUUCUUUGCAAUACUAGGAUGUGCUGUCAAUGAAAGAGAGAACAAAUCUUCAAAGAAGACAUGGCUUAAGUUUGGAUCAAAAACCCGGUAUCAACGGAAAGAGAUCCCAUUUGAAGCGCCCAUAGGUUGCGAUCCUCUUCACAUCAGCAUGGUCAUAAGACAUGGGACGCGCUAUCCUAGCAAAAAGGACGUGAAAAAAAUUGAAAAAAUGCUUGAUGUGAUCAACGAGGAGAUCGAUUCAAACUGGUCUGUUGGAGACCUACAUCUUCCUUGGAAAAAUCCCUUUUCUCUUGAUCAUGACAAACUUUUGGCAUCCGCUGGAGAAGAAGAAUUGUAUUCUCUCGCCAAAGAAUUUCUGAAACGUUUUCCAAGCUUGCUAUCGCACCCGUAUCAUCCGCAUAACUUCGAUUUCAUCAGUACGGGAACUUCCAGAACAGUACAGAGUGCUAUGGCUUUUGCGUUUGGUUUGUUCGAGGGGCGAGGUAGGCUGGGUGCGAGUGGUUUUCAACCUGUGGCAGUCGAGUCGAAAGAAACUAACAACGAUCAUUUACUUCGCUUUUUUGAUGUAUGCCCAAUGUACAAUGUGAAAGUUGCAGAUAACGACACUGCACUUCAUGAGCACAAAAAGUUUAAACGUGGUAUAAAAAUGGAACGUAUUGGUCAUAAAAUACAACGGCUCAUGACAAAGCGUCCUGAUAAUCCCCAGACAACUUUCACAGCAGAAACUAUUAUUGGAAUGUACACUGCUUGCAUUUUUGAGGUUGCAAUCUUUAACAGAGAAAAUACUUGGUGCCUCCUUUUUGACAAGGAAGAUUUCUUGACUCUAGAGUACUUAUCAGACUUGAAACAUUAUUGGAAGAGAGGCUAUGGAUACCCAAUAACCUAUCAAAUUGGAUGCCCUUUAUUAGGAAACAUUGUAAGCAGCCUUAAAAAUGCAACAGAUCCAUCUUCAAGUGAGAAAAAGUAUGGCAAUUUUAUGUUUGCCCAUAGUGAGACUCUACAACCUCUUUAUGCCUUGCUUGGAUUAUUCAAAGAUCAGGAGAAACUGAGAGCUGGCAACAUGAAUGUGCACUCUGGGCGCAAAUACAGAACCAGUGAAAUUGUGCCAUUUGGAGCAAACAUUGCAUUUGUUGUAUACAGUUGCAAUGCAGAUGAUAACUCUUGUGGUAAGGAAUCAGAUAGUUACAAAAUGGGGCCUUUCAAAAUCCAAGUAUUUGUUAAUGAAGAGUUGGUAGCUUUGCCUUGUUGUGGUGAACAGAGAGAGUGCCCCCUAGAGACAUUUUUGCAGUGUUUUGACACUAAACAAAACGGGUCAUGUAACCUGUCAUCAUUAUGCAGCUUGGAAAGCAACAGUGCUGAAAACUAUCAUGGGGAAUUGUGACCAGGAUUAUAACUAUUUAUAAAACUUCAUGUAUGUAAACUGCGCAGAUUCACAGCAGCAACAUUUUACUGCAAUUGAUUCUUUACAACCUGAGUCAUCCAUGGCAAAAAAAAGUUGUCAGUAGAGAGAGGCAGCUGGAAAAAAUUGGAUCCAGAGAAGUUGUUACAGAAAGUUGCCCUGAAAAUAAUUUCAUGGUCACCACCUGUAAUGAACUGGACUGUCAUUAAAACAAUACUGCUUCACAAGGAUUACUAAUUCAGGGAAGCAAAGACACUCUGAAUGUGAUGUUCAUGUUGCCAGUUAUUCAGGCCCAAGUAUUUUUUCUAAUGGCUAACCUGCUGAACUCCAGAACACAAGGUUGGUCACUAGUAAUUGUUUUUGAGCUACAUACUUCACUUACACAACAUGUUCCUGUGUGUGUGAUUUGUUUAAUAAAAUACUAGUGUUGAAAAUAUUGUAUUUCUACUUCCUUGCACUCUUGGGAAAUUCAAUAAAAUUUGUAACAAUGAA